CUACCUAGCUAGUAGCUUACCCUAGUUAUUUCACAAUUUGUCAUUAAUUCACUUGGAUUUUAAUCGAUUCCAUGAUCUACAUGACAUCUUCAAUUUCCUAAUUAUUCAGCUUCUAGUGCUUUCAUUUGCCUUCCAUCAGUCAUUGGUUAUUGAUUGAAAUAUUGUAUCGGUAGCAUAGCAUUUUUCUAUGGCGGAUUGGGGUCCAGUAGUGAUAGCGGUGGUGCUGUUUGUGUUGCUGAGCCCUGGUUUGUUGAUUCAAUUGCCAGGGAGGAACAGAGUGAUGGAGUUUGGGAACAUGCAAACCAGUGCAGUGUCUAUUGUGGUCCAUACAAUCAUCUUCUUUGGUCUCAUUACCAUCUUUCUUGUUGUUAUUGGUGUGCAUAUCUACGCUGGCUAAUUAGUCACCCCCCACUCAUUUAUUUUGUCAAGGUUUAAUAAUUUUAUGUGUUGUUAUUCUUUUAAUACCACUUCUCAUGUCCUCAUGGAAUAUUAAAACUAUAGUUUUUCCUUACCCUUUGAUAGGGACAACCUUGGAUUGGAUAGAAUCAUAGAAUGGAAUCACCUUCACACAUUCAUAUCAUAUGGGUUGGUUUUUUUUGUUUUGAUGUUGGUCGUUUUAUACAAUCAAAUUAAGUACGGAUGGAUCAAAUUGGUGUUUUAUGUUUGCAUAUUUGUUUUCUCCUCAUACUGAAUCCCUCCCCCUAGUAUAGUUGAAAACAGAGAAAAGAAAGGAACAGAGUCUGGUGUUAUUUAAUAGUAUACAUAGUGAUUUGAUUGAUUAUAGUUGGAUUCUCGCACUGAACCCAUAAUUUUUUUUUUUAAUAUUAUUAAUGGCUAUAAUUGUUUUAGUUUAUGUGAAACGAUAGCCCACAUCAGUUUCCUUUGUUAGUAAAAAAUAUAUAUAUUUUUUGUUUUUGUUUUAA